UACCUAAUUCUCUGUCAUAUUUAGCGUUUAAACGCGUCGCUGUGCUGUGUUGUUUAAGCGUCAGUAUGGACGAAAUUGCAUGCGCAGGAGUGGCUUAUUUUAAGACAAGAAGCUAACGUUAGCGUCUACACCGAAUAACAUAUCCUUAACAUCUCCACCAGGUUGCCAUUGUCAGUCCUGUAAACAAAGUGGCUAGCUAGCACAGUUAGCUGUUAAAUCUUGAAUCUGGGCCGUGUGCGCGGUGGCUGUGUUUGCUUGGCACAUAUUGCUUUAAGUGACUGGAUAUCUCCAUUGUAUUACUGCUGCACCUUAAGAAGACGGUGAAAUCUGUUCAAUGGAGGAAUCCCCCAUUGAGCAAGCUGCUACAAACUGAAGAAUGUAGCUAGGUGGGGUACCGUUGCUUAAAACGUAGCAUAUCCUCUCAGGACAAGAAAGAAGUGUGAGAGCACAGUGUGAGAGGUGAUCUUCCUCAGUUUGCAGGCUUGGACACACUGAGUGGGUGUGGGUGGAUGUUUGUAUGGAUGCACUUGACUGCAUGCAGAUUUAGGACCCUGGCCUGAUGGAAAAGAGAGACAGGAAGCCCGGAUAUUUUGCGAGGCUGAAGAGGCGGAGACAGCUCAAGCAGAGCCAAUCAGAGAAGACUGCAAAUGAACCAAACCCCGCAAUCAUUUCCUGUCCAGACAACCCAAAUGACAACGACCCCAACAAGAAGACGGACCUACAGAGAAUAACGGCAAAGCCACCCGCAGGCUCGGACGAUGGCUGUAAAAGUAACAAUCAGGCAAAGAGGGAGAAGAAGAGGCCGCCAGGCACGGUUGAGGUCAUUGUCGGACCUGAUGAUUCCCUCAACAGCAUCGCACUCAAGUUCAACAUCACCCCAAAUAAGCUGGUCCAGCUGAACAAGCUCUUCUCCCGCAGUGUCUACCCGGGUCAGAAGCUGUUUGUCCCCGAUGUGAGCCAGUCAGACACGGACCUGAAGUCUCCGAGUUCCUCUGAUCCCUCGUUCACAAAUGGCUUAUCAGAGAAAGCAUCACAUGACGGCUUUUCAAACUGCACGUCAGCAAAAUCCCUCCGGCGUGAGCUGUCCCCAAAUUCAGAGGACGAGAGCCCGGCGACGGUUAAAUUCAUCAAGAUGAGCUGCAAAUAUUUCACUGAUGGCAUGGGCGUGGUAGGGGGUGUGCUGAUUGUGACGCCCAACAACAUCAUGUUUGAUCCCCACAAGUCAGACCCCCUGGUGAUCGAGCACGGCUGCGAGGAGUAUGGCCUGAUCUGCCCCAUGGAGGAGGUCGUCUCUGUGGCGCUGUAUGAUGACGUGUCACGCAUGAAGCUCAAAGAUGCUCUGCCAUCAGACCUACCCCAGGAUUUGUGUCCUGUGUACAGGCCCGGCGAGUGGGAGCAACUGCCAUCAGAGCGAGAUCUGAACCCCUUCAGCCGUUACGAGGAGCUCGACCCGAAGCGACCGAUCGUCUUGGACGACAUCGAAUCAACCCUCUCAGAAACUGCGAGCACAGAGGGCGAGCAGGCAGAAAAGUCUCCUUCAGAUGAAGGCUUCACAGAGCUGGAGCCAACUGUCUACGGCAGCACUGAAGAUGCAGAGGGGACGUCCUCAAAAACCCCUAGCAUUGUCAGCAGGGACCAGCAGGAACUAGGACGGAGCCAGGACAAGUCGAUUCUAAGUCAAACUAAAGGGAAGCUGGACGAUGAAGAGGACGAAGGCGUAGCUCAUAACAGCUCUAUUGAGGAUGGAGAGUCGAUACAAUCAUCUUUAGAAACUGAAAAACAGAACGAAUCACGUGAUAAACCUACAAACCGAGAGGAAACCAAAGAUGUAAAACCUAAAGGGACCGAAGAGCUGCUAAAUGGUGCGCAUGAGGAAAUAUUCGGCGCACCAGUGGACCAAAACAGGAAACUGAAUCUGAAAGAGGCUUCGGAGGUUUGUGGGAGCUCGAGUCCAAAGAGACAAAGCCCAGACAGACCAGCAUGUGGAGCCGAACUCAGUGAGGAGGAGAGACGGAAGAAAAGCUAUGAGGCAGAAGUGAAGUCAUGGCUGAUGGAGAGGAUGCAGGCUCCAAUAGAAGACAUGCUUUUCUCAUCCGAGGAGAAAAGUAAAAGCCCUCCCAUGUUCCUCUGCUUCAAAGUGGGGAAGCCAAUGAGGAAGUCCUUUGCCACUGGGAUGACCUCUAGUCCCGCCCACUCAUUUGGGGGCCGAGGUAAACAGCCAGAGUACUGGUUUGCUGUGCCACAAGAAAGGGUGGACCAUCUGUAUGCAUUUUUCGUCCAGUGGUCUCCAGAUGUGUACGGGAAGGAGGCUCGAGAGCAGGGCUUUGUCGUGGUGGAGAAGGACGAGCUGGACAUGAUCGACAACUUCUUCAGUGACCCUGCGUCCUGCAGCUGGGAGCUUAUUAAUAUCCGCUCCAAGAUCAUCACCAUCGAUGAGGCCAAGCGCAGGCAGAGUUUCGGCAGCUGUGACGGAGAAUUGUCAGUGGACGCUCUGCCCAUACUCAGCGAUGCCAGCGAUCUGCUGCAGGACACACACAUCGAGAAGCUUGCCUGUCGCUUGCCAGCCCGUGUGCAGAUUUACCCCUGGAGACUGGUCUACAGCACUGUGAAACAUGGGACCAGCCUGAAGACGCUGUACAGGAGCCUGGCUGACGUGGACAGUCCCGUGCUGCUGGUCAUCAAAGACAUGGAUAACCAGGUGUUUGGGGCGUUCUCGACUCAUCCCUUCAGAGUGAGCGAACACUGCUACGGCACAGGAGAGACGUUCCUCUUCAGCUUCUGUCCUGAGAUUAAGGUGUACCGCUGGACGGGGGAGAAUUCCUACUUUGUGAAGGGAAAUACUGAUUCUCUGCAGAUGGGAGGAGGAGGGGGUCAGCUGGGUCUGUGGCUGGACGCCGAGCUCUACCGAGGCACCACCACCAAGUGCGCCACCUUCAACAACCAGCCUCUCUCCACCCAGCAGGACUUCAACAUCCACAGCGUGGAGGUCUGGACCUUUGAGUAGCAUCUCCUGCGACCCCUACAUUCACUUACUCUCCGCUCCAAACCUCCAAAACACCCCCUCCGCCCCAAGUCUAUUACUCACCACUUGGAGGCAAACCAAGCUCCCCCACAGUGACACUAAAUGUUGAGUGAGAGAAGCCUGCGCCGCUGUUACGCUGCCUGAGUCUUCUUUAUGAGGUGGGUUUGGCCAGUUCCUGUCUGGUUCCUCCUUCCUUGAAAGGCGGGAAGUGUGAGAAAAAGUCUCAGAUCAUUGGCUGCCUUAGAUAUCCGUCAGCACCUCCAGCUUUCCCAGCAUGCAAACUGCCUUACCACCAUAAGCGUACGAGGAGAGGAAGGCUGCUGAUGUUACUGUUGAGGUUAUCCCGAAAAUAUUUGAACUGUGUAUGAAAGAACAAGAUUUCCCAUCGUGCUGUCUUUUAAUUUGUGCAGAAAUGAUGAUCGGGAAUGUACAGAAUUGUGUGCUGGAGAUGUUUGGUAUCUUUUUUUUAAUCACAAUGCAAUGAAUUUCAAACUUAAAGGAAGAGGAUAUAGCCAGGGAGAAUUUUUUUUAAUUAUUAUUAUGUUGGAUCCUCCACGAUUUAAUUAACUUUCAGAGCAGGAAAUGUUGAAGUUGUUUACAGUGGAGGAGUUGCACUUCCUCUGAAGGACAUCUUUUUCUCUUAUUUUGGAGUUUCAGGUGAUCUGAAUGAGAGUUUUCCAUUGCAUUUCCUCACAGCGACUUAAAAUGUUUUCAUUCCCCCAUACAAUCCAAAACAAGCGGUAAAGCCAGGUUUGCAAUGACCAAAUAUGUUCUAUUUUAGUUUAAUUUUUGUUGUAAACUCGUCAUAUUUUAUAAAAAUAUUUUAGACUUUUUUAUUUUAAAAUUUUAUUUUUACAUUGUUUUUAUUGAGAAUGCUCAGUUGUCGUUUUUUUUUUUUUUUAUUGUUGUACUUUUAUAGAAAUAUUAUGUUCAGUGUUUCUGAUCGGACCCAACAAGCACUAGAAAUGACUGUCAGUAUUGAAUUAAUAUUUCACGUCGACUGAUUUGAUCACCUUUUGAUAUUCAUUUGUGGUCGUUGUUGUUUAGAGAGCCAGUAAAAGUUGAACAUGAUAUCACUUUGCACUACAGGAUAAUCGACCCUGCGUAAAUUAAGCAUUUCUUCAAUGUAGAGUUGUUACUGAAUGCUGUUUGAUCACCACUACAGGAGGAAGGCUUCCUGUCCAACGACAGGUCAGCCUCUGCUUUACUUAAAAACGGAAAAGGGACAGUUUGUUUUUGCACUUUGGUAUGCCACUAACUGAAAAUCCAGAUCUACUAAUAUGGAAAAGAAACAUUCAUUUAUAUCCUGUGUAUCCGACACAGGCUUGUAGUGCAUGAAUAUGCGAUACUGAAAAUGUCUGACACCACCAUACCGCCAUACUAUCCACUAACGCCGGUUAUCGCUUCAUGUGAAAAUGAGCUUUGUUGUCUUGUGUUGUAACUGUGAAUGCUCCCUGAGUAUUAUUUCUCAUGAAUCCAAAACUGCUGUGAUAUCACUAUGGAUCUAUUUAUUGUGUUGUUAUUGCAACCACAUUUAAACCUAAAUAAAUGUUAAAUAUAUACAUA